AUGGCUUCGAUGCAGCCGGCUGAUAAACAUGGCCUCACGCCAGUCGAGACCGUUGUCGCCGAUUCCAAUGAUGGUGACAAGAUGGGCAGAGUCACCCAGGUUGGAGCCAUGCGAGUUUUAGGUCUGGAUGUUGAAGAUGAAGACUACUAUGUCAACUACCCGCCCGACCACAGAUCAAAGCUUGUGCACAAGAUCGACGUUCGACUGACCCCUGUGCUCGCAAUCCUUUACCUUAUUUCCCACCUUGACCGAGGCAAUAUCGGCAACGCCAACAUCGAAGGAUUGUCUGUCGAUCUGGGCCUCACUGGCGUUCAAUACAAUGUUGCCCUCUCUAUCUUGUUUGUGACCUACAUCAUCUUUGAAAUUCCCAGCAACAUGCUGCUGAAGAUAUACUUCGACAAAAAGCCCUCUUACUAUAUGGGUUUGUUGGUAACAUGCUGGGGCAUUGUUAUGACAAUGACCGGCGUGGUCCAGAAUUAUGCCGGCCUAGUUGUAUGUCGACUACUUCUGGGUUUGUUUGAAGCUGGCUUCUUCCCAGGCGCAAUUUAUCUUUGUACGCAAUGGUACAUGCCUGGAGAGCUGGCACUUCGCAUAUCAUAUUUGUACCUGACCAGUGCCCUCUCCAGUGCGUUCUCAGGUCUGCUUGCGGCCGCGAUCGCCGAAAUGGAUGGCGCAGGCGGAUACGAAGGCUGGCGCUGGAUCUUCAUUCUAGAAGGUAUCGCUACAGUACUGCUUGGAGUGCUCACCUUCAAGCUUUUGAUCGAUACUCCAGAUCAGUCUAAGUGGCUUUCGCCCGAGGAAAAGAGGUACCUCAACAUCCAAGCAUUUGUCAAAGAAGGAGGCGAUUUCGGCAGGAAGACAAAGGAAAGCAACCGAUUGGCUUUGCGCCAGACAUUCAUGGAUUGGAAACUCUACGUUAUGUCGCUGCUGCUGUUCGUGAAUAUUGCAGCAGGAUAUGGUGUGAAAUUGACCAUGCCGGCCAUCAUCAAAGGCAUGGGCUUCGAGAACCGCAACGCCCAGCUAAUGACUGCACCACCUUACAUUGCCGGCGCCAUCUCAACCGUGGUGUCGUCAAAGCUAUCUGAUCGAUACUAUCGACGGAUGCCAUUUAUCGUCAUUCCAUGGAUAAUCUUCAUCAUUGGAUACGCGGUCAUUAUGAGCUUCGGGGCACACACGGCCGACAACGUUGGGCCGUCGUACUUUGCUGUGUUCCUGGUCUGCAUCGGUCUUUUCCCUGUCAAUCCGGCCAUAACUUCCUGGACGGCCAAUAACAUCGCACCCGCGAGCAAGCGGGCCAUUGGUCUUGCCUUCUACGUCUCGGUCGGUAACAUUGGCGGCGUUUUGGCUGGCUUUAUGUUUCUGCAGCAUGAAGCUCCGGCAUAUCCUACUGGGUACGGAAUCUCGAUCGGCGUGCUAGGGCUAGGCGUUAUCGUCGCGCUCUUGCUGGAGUUUGCGUACAUCCGCAUCAAUAAGCAGAGAGCGCAGAUGUCGGCGGAGGAGGUCAAGGCUCGCUAUACGGAGGAAGAGCUUGCAAGCAUGGGCGAUAAUUCCCCUCUCUUCAAGUACAUCCUGUGA